AUGAAAUUGGCUAACUAAUUUGGUGGUUGGGAGCACUUUUCUCGUACCUUAAAUUGUUCUAUAUAUAAACUUGACCCACCUUUUGUUCCUAUUUCUCUCACGUUUUUCGUUAUUUACUUCCUUCCGUCCUUGCUCCUUCUUUCCUCCUUUUCGCAAGUGUUAGUGCUUGUUGAUUAAUUACCUCAGAAGGACUUUGUUUGUUACAAGUAACCAAGGGCAACUUUCAUGUCUGAAUUCGAAACAAACAUCCCAAGUGCUUUUGAUCCCUUUGCUGAGGCAAAUGCUGAGGACUCAGGUGCUGGGACGAAAGAGUAUGUUCAUGUUCGUGUACAACAACGUAACGGAAGGAAAAGCCUAACAACUGUUCAAGGAUUGAAGAAAGAGUAUAGCUAUAGCAAAAUACUCAAAGACCUCAAGAAAGAAUUCUGCUGCAAUGGUACUGUUGUUCAAGACCCUGAGUUGGGCCAGGUUAUACAACUUCAGGGAGAUCAAAGAAAGAAUGUUUCUACUUUCCUUGUGCAGGCUGGCAUAGUGAAGAAAGAACACAUAAAGCUUCAUGGUUUCUAAGAUCUAAGCAACAGUGGCAAUUUGGGUUCUUGCUAAAUACGUAUGGUCUGCUGACAACAUUGAAUAUCAGCAGCAGCUUCUUAUAAAUGUGAAUUGAAGCAAUUAUUAGUGACAUCAAGAUUCUGUUAUAUUGUAGCUAGAGUCAUAUAUAAUCUUCUGUUCUGGAAAGUUACUGCUGAGGGAUAAAUGGUAAGGAUAAUGUCUAUUUCUGAGACAAUUGUCCUGAAUAAAUUUGUGAUUAUUCUUCCCUCUGCAAGUGACUCAACCUUUUUGGUUGCAUUUUGUUUUUGGUCAUUGACCUGCCAAAUUUUGUUAACUGAUUGGGUUAACUUGAUAGAAACUGAGUUACACACCAA